AUUCAUAGAGCCAGAAGGCGAGAGGGAGGAGGAGGAGGGCGCGCGGAGGGGGGGGCAGAGAGAGAGAGAAAGAGAGAGACAGACCAGGCUUUUUGAGACCAGCAUGAGCAAACAAACAGCGCCUCACAGAAGGUCACACACAGCUGGAGAGACUGGCCUCCCUAGGCAGGAGCCCUCGGGAAAGCUCGCCGUUGGCGUCUGGUGAACACGUGAAGACUCCUUCCGCUUGGGGAACGUGGACCCUGGGAGGAGCGCAGGCUCUGUCGUCUGAGCGACUCCUACUACUUCUUUUUUUAACUCUUGACUCUGAGGCCGCUUGCGCGCCCGUCCGCCUGCCUGCCUGCCUGCGUGCGUGUGUGCGUGCCUGUGUUUGUUCUUACUGCCAAUCGCGUGUGCUGCUAGCCUUCUGGUGGGGCAGAAGCGGAAACUCGGCCGGGCCCCCCUCGCGCGUUGUAACGAAGUUGGAGGCGCGAGAAAGGAGGGGAGGGAAAGAGGAAGGCCGUGAGGGGGCGAGGGGCGCGGAGAAGAGAAAGCAAACGAUGGUCCCGAAAGCGGAGCUCCACCUGCUGUGGUUAAACCAUAGCUGAGCAGCCGGGCCCCGGCGGCUGACUCUGAGGAAGAUUGCCUCAGAUCUUUUCCCCCCAAGUUGGCAGCGUGACUCACCCGGCGGCCACAGACUGUUGGGUGACUUCAGAAGUGCGCGCUCGAAAGUUGCUGCACGCAGUAACCGCAGAGGGAACCCACAAGCCAACCAGCAGCCCCGACCAAACCAGAGGGGUGUUCCCCCUUCCUUCCUUCCCUCUCUCUCUCUCUCCUCAUAUGGACUCCCUCCCUCCUCCUUUCCUUCACAUUAUUGGCCGCCCGACCUGCCGGGAUCAUCUUCUUCUUCCAUUCCUCGCCCUCGUUGCCGACCCGGCCAAAGCGUUGCGAAACGGCGCCGCGGCCGCGGGACUCUCCUGGCCCUUUCGGAGAGCGGCGCGGCAGCCCCCCGAGGCCGGGUUUCUCAAGGCCGCUUUAGGAAGAGAGGGGCAGGGAAGCGGAGCUCCUGCAGAAGAACAUUAAUGGAUUUCUGUUGUGUUUAAACUCUCUCUAGAGCCGACUGUAAAUAUUUGAUGAAGUACAGUAUAUAAUGCUGUGAUAGCCGCUUGACCUUUGAGAAACCUCAGGCCACGUCCGUGAAAGCCUGUCCCCACCCCCCCUUCCCUCCCCGCCCUCAAAUUGUUCUGAAACCGAUUUUCUCUCUCCACGAGCAGAGACUGGUGGGCUUAAAUCCGGAUUCUAGAGCGGCUUCUUUUGUUUUUUAAGGAGCAGAGCGGGGUGUGGGUGGACGGGAGAGAGCAGCCUGCUCUCCCAACAGGACAGGAAACUCGCUACUGGAAGGACCGGCUAGCCCCUUCCCUCCUCCUGUCUCCGGCGCUUGCAACGGAUCCCUUUGCUCAGUCCUCCUCCUCCCCGUGUGUGGGAUUUUGGAAGGGCCUUUGAUUUUUCAUAGCACUGGUCAUUCCUGAGGGGAGAAGGCCAAAAGAAAAAAAGGCUUGUCCAAACCUAUUAGGGACUCUUGCUUCUUUUUGUUGUUGCUUCUAAAAGAGAGGGACGCGCAAUAUAUUUCCAGGAGAGCUUGCCAACUGGAUGCUUGGAUUAAGUGUGGCAGGACCAGGAGAACGAGCGUCCCCCUGCCGUAGCCAACUGUUGAUCCGCCUUGACUCCGGGACUGGCUCCUCUGCGGGACCCCUAAGGCUCUUUCCUUUUAUGUGGGUCUCCCGAGAGCCUCCGGCCGAAGAGUUGCUGCGCCCGCCCCGCUUUGCGCGAAGCCCCGUGCGGAGCUUUCUCACUCAACCGGCUUGUUGUGAUGCGUAUCCCCGUAGAUACCAGCACGAGCCGCCGCUUCACGCCGCCCUCGACCGCGCUGAGCCCGGGCAAGAUGAGCGACGCGCUGCCGCUGGUUGGCCACGAGAACGGCGGCGGCGGCGGAGGCGGCGCCCUGGCGGGCAAGAUGAGGACCGCGGACCGCAGCAUGGUGGAGGUCCUGGCCGAUCACGCCGGCGAGCUGGUGCGCACCGACAGCCCCAACUUCCUCUGCUCCGUCCUGCCGACCCACUGGAGGUGCAACAAGACGCUGCCCAUCGCCUUCAAGGUACGAGGGGCAAGGGGAGAAGAGGGGGGCGGCGGGGGGGGUCGACUCAGCGGUAGAGUUCCUCCGCUGUCAGUCUUGUGUCUAAUGCAGCCCAUUACUAUUUACCUGGCAGUAAAGGCCCACGGCUUGCGGAGGGGACUUGCAGGGGGGGAAGUUUCGGCUUGCAGCCGGGCAGCCCGAGCCUGUGCGGGUUUACUCGGAAGUAAGAUCCACAGAAAGCAGCGGGGCUGGACUUUUCCAGCGAAGUGUGCUUUGGGGAAAGGGUGGCAGCCUGGAAACGGAAACCGCAAAGUUCGGCCCUCGGCCAUGUGGACUGCAUCCUUAGAUGCGGUUUCGUGGCGCGCGGAAAAGGCUCCCGAAAUGUCUAACCGGGUCCGAUCCUCGUUAGGAAGUCUGACUAAAUUGGAAGGGGGCAUCUUUCGGAGUAAGUGGGCGUCGGAUUGCAGCCAUGCCGACGGCCCCUCGUGCAGGUUGACCUGGCAGCAAGACCCCUUACAAUAAUUGAAGUUUACUUCGGAGGAAGUGUGCGCACGGGCGCUGCCGUGUAGCGCGACCCUAAACAGCUUUAGUGAGGAAUAAAGCCUUCCGAGUUAAGGGAGACUUAGCCUUAGCACGUUGUCCUGUGCAUUUUCCACCAAAAGCAAGCCACGCUCUGCUCAGCUGAGCUUAAUUCCUUCUAUCGAGUAGCAGCUACCUACAUUUGCCUGGGAAUACAUUUCACUAAAUUCAAUAGGACUUACUUCUGCAUAGGCAUGGUUAGGAUUGCCCUGAAAGUGCCACCCUGAGCACCUAGGGUGCCAUGGAGAUAUUUUUCCCAUCCGUAAUACACGGGUAGGCUGGCUUGUUUUAUUUUCAAACAAACCCAAAACAAAAGUGGAAUCUCCGUAAUCUGCUUCAUGUCUCUAAAAGUUUAGUAAACAGGAGUGAAUUCUCAUAAUCACUUCACAGAGAAGGCAUAAUCAGCCUGUAGUAGUAAGUUAUCCUAAGUGUGCAAGCCUCGCUUAAGACCAAAGGCCACCUAGUAUUAUGUACAAGAGCCGCAGAAACCAGCAGGCCUCAACUGGCCAGGGGUAGAUAGACCUCCCUCUACUUUCCACCCACCCUUCCCCUAAUAGAGAUUUACCCAUGAGAGAGAAGGCUACUUACUUCCUACAAUCACCCAGAACUUAACGCCUUCCUCCCGAAAGCACUGACCGACCUCCGAGCCUUAAACUCGACCUUCCUAAAACACUAAGAGUAUUUGGAAGGAAAUGCUCAAUUGAAUUCCGUGGGGCUUCCUCCCGAAUAAACGCCUUCGGGGAUGCCAGGCACAAGCAGGCAAAGUAGAAAGGAUCAAAGGACUUCACGCCAGGAGGACAAGGAGUAACACGUGUAAGUAAAUAUCAUGGAGGAGGAAAUAUUUCACGGGAAGAUUGAGCUUAGACCUGCUUCCAGUCGCUCACGAUUCCUCCUCCCUCCCUCUAGAGAGUCAAAAGCAGUUACUGAAUUAAUACCCCAAUUCCCAAAGCCCUUUAGCAGAAACACAGGGAGCCAAACCAUUUUUUAAAAAAAAUAUAUACACACGCUUUCUCUCACCCACACUCUUUCAUACGGCGUCCCUCCGAGCGUAGCUGGCUGGUGUGUGGAGCAGGAAUAAACUUAAGAAGGUAUUUACGGGAGCAGAAUUGUCCACGGUGACAAGUAAGGAAUUCACACACUAACACACACUACCUAAUAUCUAUUACAAUCUUAGACAUGCUUCCAUCACAGCCGGCGGUAUCUACGCGCAGAUCUGACCUCAACAAGUGGUUAUUUUAGAAAUCCCGCGUGCUUCGUUUAGAAGUAAACACUGUUAGGUACCCUUAGGAUUACUUCUGCGUAAAGGCAGUUUGACUUAAAGCCGAGUGAAGCAAGCCUCGCAAGUGUAGUCUCGCAAGCAUAAAGGCGCACGCGAGAUGAGGACCUGGCCUCUAGAGUGCUAUUGAAGCCUCCUCAUUCACAUUUACGGUCUUUCGCUGAGCGCAGCAAAGCGCUGAACGCAGCAAGGCCCUCUCCUUUCAUAGCUGAGCUCUCACCAUCUCUGUAUAGCUCAGGCUGGAGUAAGAAAAGGGAGGAGAGUUUUCUCCUUUCGGCCCCUGAAGUUCAUUCACAAAUCGCUACGACAAGGCUGCGGCGGCCUCGCUGAAUUCUGCGGGACUGACUUGCGAGGAAACAUUAAUAGGAUCGGUCUGCACGAAGAGUGCUGUAAAAGGAGGGAAAAGGCUCUGGUGGGUUUUGUGGAAGGUCUGUUUACAUGUGGGGGGGAUACACACACACCCCUACAUGCUGCGGAAGGAAGCAGACCCUUCAGCCGCUGAAGCUGUGCACCUGAUUUGCGCCGGGGUCAGGGAGAUCGCCCCUAUAAAAUAACUUGGGACUCGAAGGCUGGCUCAGUGCGAAGCACCUGCGAGCGCCGCUUUGUAACCGAAGCCGCUCAAGCCGCUCCCACCCCCUCCGGGUGUCCCCAAAGGGAUUAACACAUAACUCGAGGUUGGCGUGGAUUUCUUUUGUGUUUGGAUCCCAUAUGUUGAGAGCACCCGCUGCAGCCGGCAGCUUAGUCCACGUGCAUAUGGUAGCAAAUGGAAAACAGAUACACGCAGAGUUCCAGACGUUUUAAAUCGACCCCCUCUAUUGGGGAAUAAUGCACGUGUGAUAGUAACAAAAGCGUCCGCCUGCUUAAAAAAAAAAAUCAAAAAAAUCCUAGUACUUCAGGCCUAACUUUAAGAAACGCCAAAGCUGGAAGUAUCCCUGCAUAUAAACACGCCCCCCCCCCAUAUUUCCCUUUGGAUGUAAAACUCGCAUUUGUUCGCACGGAACAAGUCAGCUUCUUGGUCAGCAGCCCCCCAGCAGAGUUUUAAAACGAAGCAGGACGGCUGAGUUUGCGUGUGUGUGGAUGCAAUCGCCUGGCAUUCAUUCAUGAACAAAUAAAUAAAGUAACAGAACACUCACUUUGCAAAAAAAACAAAAAGGUCUCAUGACGGCCCCCACCCCCAUUGCUCCAGAAUAAGUUAUUUGACCUCUGCAGUAGUUCAGCGUUUAUGUUUUGAAGGUUUGCUCUUUUGGGAGGCGGGGAGAUGGUUGCUGCUUUCGGGCCUUGUGCUUCAAAACAGGAGACGGAACCCUCCCGUGGGCAAAACUUUGUGCCCAGCUCCGCUCGCUGCUUCCCAGGGAGUAAGACCCCCUCUCCUGGAUUCAGGAGGACUUCCUUCCGAGGGGACACGUGUAGGAUCGAUUUCAGUAGCUCGCUCAACCUAACAAAUCUCCUUCCCCCUUUAGAAGCGGCGUAGCAAGUUUUAAAGGGGUGUUAAGAUUUACCCUCGCCAAGCCGGAGUCCAGGAAGACCCCGGGUCUCCCCCCGCCCUCCAUGACAUCAGUGGUUCCCUUAUUUAGAGUAGGGGAUUGCCCAAACCCAAGCCCUGCUCCUCGGCCCGUUCACACUUGUUCAGCCUGCCUGCCCCCUUCGCCCAAACAUCCCAGGCGGAGCCAUCCUAGCGCUCCCUGGAAGCACCUCUCCUCUUGCCCGCCCGGCCACUGUCUAGCCUGUUUUCAGCCUCUGGGAGCCCAGUGAAGGCGCCCCUCCUAGCCCAGGGCAAGCAGAGAGACUGGGGCGAGUAGCUUCCUCUCUGGAAAGGCUUCCUUGGGUACAAGAGUCCUGCAGGUGGUUUUCCCACUUGGCCGACGCCACCCAGACGCGCUCAUUGGAAGGCAGGCUUCUCUCUCCCUCCCUCUCUCACACACACUUGAUUUCACCCCAAGGCUUCACAUUUACUUGCAAGUAAAUCUAAUCGAACCAAGUGCGCGCAAUACUUGGAUCGGGUUGGCGCCCCCCCCCCUCUCCCUCAGCAACUCUUCCUCGGAGGACAGGCCUUCAAAAGUGUGCUGGGCAUUUCUGAAUCGAUCCCCAAAAGCCCACUCCCUUUCAUCUUUAUGAUCAGGACCCGAUCCCUUGGUUCUUGGCGGCGGAUCGUCUUCACUGAUGAAGGCGCAGAGGGGGUAGGAUGAAAGAGGAAUCCGGAGUGAAUCCGGAGCGAAUGCCACGCUUGUCAAUUUUAUGCCUCCCUCCCCAAAUUUGCUUGACCCGUCUGAAUUUGCUUGGCCUCGAAUCGCUGCCCACAGCCCUCUAGAACCCAUUCUCGUUUAAGUUUGGUCUGGAAUAAGUGUUGCACCCCCGACCUUAAUAAGUGGCCCUUGCCCCCCGAGUCCCUCAUUUUUUGUGCCAUUGGUUUUCAUUGAGUCUACUUCCAAGAGAUCUUGCUUAUUUCGAUUAAUUCUUUUCCUGAUUUAGCUACACUACUAAAUUUACGGGGAAAGUGGUCUGCCUUGUAUUCCCCCAUCCUAAUGUCCCGCAAGCUGUUCCUGUUCAAGGGGAUCUCAGAAAAAGCAAAGUUCUGCUUGAGGCUGCCUUCCGCAGCCUCCCGCCCUUCUUUUUCUGGCUAAGCUUCACUUUUCUCACUUCCCUGCAGGCUGACAGCAGCCAGUACGUGCUUUUCUCUCCCUUCGAAUUCCAGCAGAGCUUUUAAAUAGCCACGAUAUUAAAUCCGAUUACCUGCCCGGGUCUCUUAAGUAGCAGCCAAGGAGGAUGAGAAAGAUCUGUUCGCACUGGUUCAGUUUCUUCCUUAUUAGUUCCCAAACGUGUUAUUCUCCAGCCAGCUUCAGUUUUGAGAACUUUGGGGCUUCAAGCCCUUGUUCGUUCGUUCGUUCUUUCUUUCUUUCUUUCUUUCUGGAAAACAUAAAUAUAAUCAUAAUCAUAAAAGUAACUACUACUACUACAUCAACAAUGUCAUAUGACAGAAAGGAUUCCAUCACGCAAUGCAAAUGUGUGUGAUUUAAGAAGCGAGAGUAAAUAAAUGUUUCUUGUUCAGGAUUUUCCCUGCCCCAGAACACACACACCUUUGCAAGCAAGGGAACUUUGUCUUAUAUUAUCAAUAAAUAUGUAACCCUUUGUAACAAACUGUUGCAGUCCUAUGCAUAUUUGCCUAUUCAGAAGUAAAUCCCACUGUAGUCAAGUCCUUCAGCAUACGCACACAUAGAGCUUUGCAACCGAAAACAACCAAAAUGAGUGUUUUUUUAAAACCAGAAAAUACUUGGGAUGUGAUGGGUGAAGAGGAAUUAAACCAGACUCCUGCAUAUAAAACUGCUGAGAUGGGCAGAGUGUUAACAAUUCCCUUUUCCAGCUUCCCAUCCUGCAUACACUACUAUUGGUGGUUUAAAAAAAAUAUUCUGUCCCUCAAAAUAAAAUAAAAAACACCAAUCCAUAACUGAAUAAAUUCUCAGGGAAAACACCACAGACUGGAUUUUGCUAGAUUUUGCUUAUAUAACCUCCUCCUUGUAGGUAUAACCAUUUCCCACAACUGAGGAGUGUUGUUAUUUAAAUAAUUUUGGGAAUAAUUAUUAUUUCUUUACAUGUUUCCACAAGAGCUUGCCUUUCAGCAUUCUGACGCAGCAGAUCAACAGUCCACUUCUUGUAGAAGAGCCCUAGUAAAGUUAAGGACUUAACUGGUUCUGCUAUUUAAAACAAACCAUCCAUGGACUUUCUGUUAUUUACUACAGCAGAUGGUAACUGCAUACUUGCACACCACAAAGGCCAAAAUCUACCAAAUGAGAAUACCUGGAAUUACAUCCCAGUCUUAACUGCACUUACAUGGAAGUAAAUACUAUUGUUUCCAGUGACACUUACAUCCAAGCAAGUAUGGGAAUAUUGCCACAUGGGAGACUGUGAUCCUAAGUAUGUUUGCCUGGAAAUAAGCCUCAGCUGGGUUCAGUAUGACUUUCAUGUAACUAAAACUGUUGAAAUAAAUCACUGUGAACUCUGUGGGACUUACUCCUGAGUAAAAAUAUUGAGGAUAGCAGUUUAAUCUCUGUGCACUGGUUUGUCCAUAAGUCUUAACUCUUGUGAUGCUCCUUGCAUUGCACCUUUACAACACUUAAAAAAAAAAAAAAGACAAAGCAUUGAACUUCAUCUGGGCUAAUCUAAAUAGUCGGAUUUAAUUGAUCCAUAGAUUAGGUUGCAUUGCCCUAAUCCCUUUGGAAACCUAGGAUUUUCUGUCAAAUUUAAGAUGAUGGCUGAUAUCUGACAAAUGAUAGAGCAGACUCAUUUGAUGGGUCAGCUCGGGGUAUGGCUAAUGUUGGCUUUUGCCUGUAUAAAUUAAGUGAAAAAGAAAGAUGAUAAACUAUCUGUUCCUAAUGUUUGAUAAAUUGUAAUAGAAAAGUACAAUGGAGGAUAAGAUAAUAAUCUCAUUCUUACUUAAAAUAUCCCCCCCCCCCAAUUAGGGGGAUAAAGCAGUAAGAUUUAGUUGUGCUGCAACUUUGAAUUGUCUGUAUUCCUUCUAGCUCAUGUAGAACAUAUUUUUAUAAGCUGAACAGUCAAGCAGAAACACACACACAGCUAGCUAUCUCCAGUCAACAAGUUCUUACUUAUCUGUUUAGUCUGUUUUAUAAUGUAAAUGUUUGUGUUCUGUGCCUCUUUUACAGCUUUACUUGCCAGUCUCUUUCUCCUGGGCCUAGAUAUUUUUCUUUAGCGUCUUCCCAGAGUUUCCGGCAUUAUGUUGUAAACACAGAGAAUUGAAAAUCUACUUUUUCUGUGGAGUUUUUUAUUAUUAUUUUUUAAAAAAACCAAAAGAAACACACCCACUAGUAUGCAUAUUUAGAAAGACAUGCAUAGGAUCAAAUAAUAUUUUUUCAAAUUGUGUUCUAAUAAACACUAUAGUUUAUUGACUUAGUAAAGCUAUAAUUCAAUUUGUCGCUGGAAAAAAAAAUAAGGUAUUGCACCUGAAGUAAUAUUGCUAGAAUGACUAAUUGUUGUUAACAUCUUACAGUAUUUUGACUAGGAAAAAAUAAUAAUCGGUGUAUAAAGGUACAAUCCUAGCAUUAUUAUUCUUAUUCUUAUUAUGGGAAGAAAUCUCACUGGGGGAAAAUGGAUCUUAUUCUGAGGGAUGUCUCACUGUGUUCAGUAACUGAUCCUAGGAAUACAGCUUUAUAUCACAAUUACAACCAUGUUUAUUCAGAAAUAGGUUCAAAUUGUUUCAGUAGCAUUAGCCCUAGUAAGUAAUAAUUCCUUACAGGACUGCAACCUUAAGCUAAAACAUUUUUUCUCAGGGAGCCCAAUUCGUACUUUGUCAUUUGUACUUGUCCUUCCUGCCAGAAGUUUCUAGAACAAGGGUGGGGGACUUGUGGCCCUCCAGAUGUUGCUGGACUCUCCGUUCCCAUUAUCACUGACCUUUGGUUGUGAUGGCUGAAGCUGAUGGAAGUUUGGAUCCAGCAAUGCCUGGACAGCCAUAAGUUUCCCCACCCUCUUCUAGAAGCUUCAGAAGAAAAGGCCAACAACUUCUCACAUAGGUGCCCAGCAAAGUCUGAGGGGCAGUUGUCCUGUUCUGGGACAAUUAACUUAGGAGAGAGAAAGAGAGAGAGAGUACCCUAUGAGACCAAAGAGAUGAGGAAGAAACAGGGCCUUAUAGAGAGAGAAGCAGGAAUAAUGAUGCUAUUUUUGACUUCAGGAGUUGCACUAUUUGCACUAAAAUUAUAAAAGGUCACCAUGUCCCAGCUUGCUGCCUGCCUUAUUUCUCACUCAAACUUUUUGCCUGGUUCCUGCUUAGCCUCAGAUGAUUAGAAAAGAAAAACAGGAGCAGGUGAAUGUAAAAAAAAGUGAAUUGACUGUUGCGUUUCAUUGAAAGGACUAGGGCUGUGGAGGAAGGGUGGGUAGAGGGAAGUAGAAGCGGAAAAUUCAACACCGGGCAGUUUCAGCAGAAGUGAAAAGAAUGUUUUUUUAAAGAAGUUGCCACUUACUUGGAAGACAGGGGCCAAAACUCAAGUGGGGAGUGUAAAAGGAGACUUUGGCUCUGGGUCAGGUAGAGGGCUUCCGACCUCCUGAUUCUAAGCAUGUUGUGUGGAAGGAAGUGCUUCUGAUUCACACUAGAUUGCCAUGGAGUACGCAAAUAGAUCUGUAGUUCAAGCUUCAUCUACAAUCACCAGCCUGAAUUUAGAGGUUGUUGCUAGCUUACAUUUAGUCACUGCUUCAGCACAGCACUCCAGAAUGCCACACUGCACUAAUGCAACCACCCUUAUUUCAGUUUUAUUGAAACCAAUGACAUUUCUUUCCCAAAAAAUGUGUUUGAGAUUCAGGUUUUAAUUUCUUUAUUGUGCCCGGUUAAAUAGGGUGCUGUGUUUUAGCACCCUAUUUACCAAAGAAAUGUUAUAUAUAUUCAGCUGCUUGGAUAUGAACUAAGCUAGCCACUAUUAGGUCCCACUGAAAUCUAUUGGAAAAGCUAGUCAUGGCUAACUUAAUUCUGAUUGAUUUUCAGUUGGACUUUAGUACAACUAACUUAGGUUGCAAUCCUAACCUUAUGUACCUGAGUGUAAGUUUCAUACUGUACUUCUAAGCGCUUAAGAUUGUUAAACUUGCAAGUUUGUAUGCAGUCUCCUGUCUGCAUCCUAUUUGACUUUUGCUUAUAGUUUGCACCUUCAAAUUAUCAAUAACAAACUAAUGGUGCUUCCAUUUUAUUCUUUUAGGUGGUGGCCUUAGGAGAUGUCCCUGAUGGGACUCUGGUCACAGUGAUGGCUGGAAAUGAUGAAAACUACUCUGCAGAACUCAGAAACGCUACUGCUGCCAUGAAGAAUCAAGUCGCAAGAUUUAAUGACCUAAGAUUCGUGGGCAGAAGUGGAAGAGGUAUGAUAUCAUUAUCACUAUUAUUUUAUUACACUAAAAUUAAGUUGUGUCUUGGUAGAAAGCUCUAUGCACAGAAUCUUUUGUUGCAGUUUUCAGACUGCUUUCUUUUGCAAUAAUCCCUUUUGCUUUCAAUAUAAUUAUAUCGGAGUAAGCAGUUUCAGGAUUACCGCAAUUGAGGCCAACCAAAGUCCAUAUUGGUGGUAUUGUGGUAAAUGAUUGCAGGAUGUAGAUCACUACCUUGUUUUUAUGAUGCAUUUGUGCAACAAACAUUACAGGCUGAAUUGUUAUUGUUAUCAGAUGGUUUAGAUCUGCCUUCAGAGCUAUGGUACCAUGAUUUGUAUCUGCUCGGUAUUUAGCCAGUAGUAGAGCUAUGUAUAUCUCAGAAGUAGUGUUAGAAAUCCCAUGUGAACAGUUUUCUCAUUCAUUUCAGUGAUCCUCAGUGAAUGGGUGAAGCCAGUGUAUAUUACUGAAAUGAAAACAUUGCUAAUUAUAAAGUUUGGUGAUUGCAGAAUAAAGUCAGCUUGUUGUAGUUUGCUACUGUUAUAUAUAUUGACAAUGGUGGUUUUCUGCAGAGAGGAUUUUUCCUUCCUCCCCCCCCCCUUCCUUAAUGGUUCCAUUUAAGGGUCUCUGCAAGAAAUAAGUAUGCAUUUGGUUUGUUACUUUAGCUUUAGCAACGCAGUUCAUGAUAGUGAGGUUAGGAAUACACAAAAUGAUAAAUAGGCACCCACAUAUGUUGACAUGGAAGUAAGAUAUGUUGAUGUCAAUGAGACACGUUUCCAACUAAUUAUCCGAUUUGUGAGACUGCUAAAAAUGCACAAUCUAUAUCACAAUUUAAACACACAUGCACACACAUGGGCACGCGCGCACGCACACACACACACACACUUAUCUGUGUGACUAGGUUCAACUAUUUCUUUUUAUGCAUUUGCAUGGAUAUUGAUACGGCCAGAAGAAACUCCCAUAACUCUGGCAGAUGGAAAAAUGUUAUUGCUAUUAUUGGAGGGGCUGCCAGCAAUACCUGUGAUUGCAAGAACUAAGCAUUGUAGUGCUUUUCACAUACUCACCUUACAGAGGAUUCUCUCCAUGUGGUGGAGAAGCUGACGGACAUCGCAUCCAAUGUGUAUAUAUGGUAACAUGUUAUUUGAGCGCUCCAUGCAUAGACCAAUGUGUAUAUCAAUUUGACUUAUACAACCUCUCCUUUUCUGAGAAGUAAAGAUCUCAUAAAAUCAGACAGUUGGAUCACAUAUUCCUUUAUAGGCAGGAUGAUAAUGGUACACCCUUGCUCCCCGCUCUGCGGAGAGGAUUCUAAGCUUGUUGAGUACAUGAAUUGGUCUUAUCUCUAUAUGAGCACAUACCUGAGGAAGGCUGGGGCUGCUCACAUAGCCUUUGCUAUGAAUUGGCUCCUAGUCACAAAUAUAAUUCAUGAAAAUUGCCUAGCUGGGUUGAUUCUUGCUCCUUACUAAUGUGCUGAUUUUAUCAGGACUGGGAUUGGUCCUUUGGUUUGUGCAUAUAGCAGACUUUAUUUCAUUUUCUAUGGAAACUAGCUUUUGAUUUUUAUUGAAUUUCUAUAUGGCUUAAUAUGUUAAAAAUAUCUCUAAGCCAUGUACAAACAAACUUAAAGCAACAGCAGACAAAUGAAACAAAACAUUACGAAAAUACAGAGUUACAUAUGAAAAUGUUCUAGUUACAGGUAGGUAGCCAUGUUGGUCUGCCGUAGUUGAAACAAAAUAAAAAAAAUCCUUCCAGUAGCAGACUAAAGCAGUACUAUUACUUCUCUUGAUCUAGACACUAUACUUCUGUUGAGGCAGCUUAGAAUAGCAUUAGCUUUUUUGCUGCUGCAUCACACUGUUGACUCAUGUUAAGCUUGUGGUCCACUAAGACACCUGGAUCCUUUUCACAUGUACUGCUAGUAAGCCAGGUGUCCAUCUUAUAUUGGUGCAGCUGGUUUUUCUGGUGACUUCUGUUUCAGUGUAUCUGAAGAAGUGUGCAUGCACACGGAAGCUCAUACCAAUAACAAACUUAGUCGGUCUCUAAGGUGCUACUGGAAGGAAUUUUUUUAUUAUAUUAAAUGUUGCAUUGAUACAAAGUUACUAAUACAUAUUAAUCAGUAUCAAUUCGUUUUCCUUCUGACACACUCUCCUCCUCAGCCUCCUGGUUCUCACCCAGGGUCCAAACAAACUCUCAGCUCACGCACAAAAGUCUCACAAGAAGAAAAGUUCCUGGAAACAUUGGACAUCACCCUAGUCUCUCUCACUAGACAUGCUUUCUAUGGGCAGGCCCAAAGUGUAUGGCACUUCCUCAGGCUGCCCACAGCCAUGUCCCAUUCAGCUGCACUCUGCACCCUCAAUUCCAGGUACAGCAGGUUUGCUGAGUUUCCCAGGGGUCCAGAGGGUGUGAAAAGGGGCCCCCUCCACUCACAGCUCUUUCUUCACCCACUAGCCUCUCCUUCUUCAGCUGCUUUUUAAAAAAAGACCUCUGCCACUCACACACACACACAUACAUGCUUCAGUUUUCUUUUCUGAAAUGUGUUUGCUGCUUUUUAGCCUAAUAUGCAAAACUAGAUGGUUUCUAAACCUGCCUGAGUUGCUUCUGUGAAGAAGAUAAUUGCUGGGGGAGAAAUACCUGCAGUUGGAAUUGUAGCUUGGUGAUGCUAACGAAUGAUAAUAAUAGGGUAAAGCGGAGAAAAUUAUAUCCAUUUACUGAAAACAUGAGUGAUGCUGUAAUGUAUAAAAGGAUCAGUCAUUAAACAUGUUCAGUUGUUAUAUGGAAGGCUGCACCUUUUCAGUAAAUGGAAUUCUCAUUAUGAUUCAGAGUGUUUAGAAAACAUUUUGAAGAUUUAAAUGUAAAGCUGGUGAAGUGUUUGAGAAGCUAAUAAAAACAGGCCUGCACUUUGGUAGUUGGCACCGUGCAUAGAGCCAGAAAUCAGAGUCUAUGCAGUUCCUAAGGUCAGAAUGAGAAAGUGAAGGAAGGAGCAGGAGCUGGUCAGAAGAAAAUUAUACGCCAUUUAUUUUACUAAUUCUACUCAGUCACUUGUAACACCGAUCACUUAUGUAUAGGGGUUGAUAUGCAAAUAAAGAUUGACUGUCAGAAUAAGUUUAAGGAAGUGAUAAUCUUUGGCAGGUUGCAUGCUAACUAUUCAGGUCUGAAGUUUUGGUUCCUAUGGGCAAUACCAAUUUUGAAUGAGUGACUAAUAUAUGCUUUUGUUUAUUCAUACAACCCUGAACUGUUUCCUAAAGGUGUGGCUGUUUGCACUGGUUUCUGGCAUUCUUUUAUUGCAUUGGCUUAAAGUGUGAGGACUAAGGCAGUUUGCGUCAAAGGUCAUGAAAUGCAGACAGGGAAAUGAACUUCUCUUAGAGCUGUGUGAUGUUUUCUCUGUGCAUGAAGCUAGCUGCUCGGAAGCAGUACUGUAAUGUGAAUAAACAAUAUGCAAAACAGGAUGCAAAGGAUGACUGAAAAUUAGGUAUGUGCAUAUGGUUUGUAACUGAAAUUAACUAAAAUAACUGGUGUAGAACUAGGGCUGCAUCAUGUAUUCUCUGCUUUUAAUUUGAGGCAAGAACCAAGUGGAAAUUUCAUCUGUAAAAUACUUAGGCAGUGUGGCUUUCCCCUAUUGUUCAGUCGUGGUCAGCAGUUUUAUUUCUCUUGGCUGUUGCUUCUUUCUCCUCCAGGAUUACAUUGGUGAUCCCACUCAGUCAGGGAUCCUGAAUAGUGAAUGUGAUAAUGUCACAAUGCUAGGUACCCAAUCAGAUUUUGCUGCAUGGUGAUGCCACUGAGACAACUGAGGGCAGUUUACAAGAAUAAGCAACCAUCCCUCCCCACUUGCAAGGAGUGCUGAAAAAUCAUCAGCAAAAGAGGAAUUUUUUUACUGCCAAAAAUGUUAAUGGGAAACAGUAAGUUGCAUUGGCUCAGCUGUACGUGUAGCUGUCCAGAACAGUUUUAAGCAAUGAAAUGACAAUGCAAGUUCAUACCUAUUUUUCUCUGUUGUGCAGAAUUAUUCGUAGUCUAAUAUUCUGCACGAGAGGGUAAAUCACAAUACCCAACCACCAUAACAAUUAGACCUGCACCCACCUGAUCUGAAUAUGUCUGUAGACUUCAGUGACACUUGAAUAAGACCAGGAAAAUGGGAAAUAGACUAAUUGCUGGGUCAGUCUUUUUACUCAUUACUAUAUUUCACAUUGGCAGUUUGAAGAACUUCUUUAUAUACAUACACAUUUCAUUUACUUGAGAGACUUGUGAGACAGAGGGAAUUUUAACUGAUUUCAUGCUGUAUCCCUAAUGCACACCUCUUAGAAACUGCUUAUAAAUUAUAAAAACAAAGAAAGCAAUGUCUAUUGCAAGUAUUCAGUCAUAUCUAACACUACACUUUAAUCACUUUGCAGUUUUGAAGCAGUUGGUUUUUACUGCUACAGUAUUGCUAAAUGUAGUAAAAUCCCCAUUAUUUCAAUCAACUCAACCUCAUUAUUUCAAUCAAUCAACUCAUAGUGGCUGGGGAAACCCAACCAGAUGGGUGGGGUAUAAAUAAAAAUAAUAAAACCUCCUGUUAUUUCUUGUUCAAUGUGCUUCAUUGUCUACAAAAGUCUACUUCACUCCAUUUGCCUGAAUUUUAACAUACUGUACUACAGGAUUGCCCCCUAAUGUUAUGGAAGCUUAGACUCACUAAAGUCAAAACUGGAUACAGGAUUAUAGGUGUAAUGUUCUGGAUCUGGAUGCCCACCACAUGUUUUGGAAAUAUUAGCUGUUGCUGUGUGGUAUUCCAUUCAUCAUUCUGUAUUUUAAAAGUGACUUUAUUCUCCUCAUGCUAAGCUCAAAAGAUGAGAAUAGAUCCUUAUAAACAAAAAGAAUUGUAUUUGACAGUUUUGGCUUGACUUCCAAUACAAAACACUUCUGCUUAGGAAUUAGCAAUUUUUGCCUUGCGCCAGCCCAUUACUGAUAAAACCUGCCUUUCUAGCCUGUACUACUGGCACCAGAGUCCCAGAACACCUGCCAUUGAUUUCAAGGUUUGCACAUAUUUCCAUAUCAUUUGCAAAUUGAUUUUUUUCUGGAAGUGAGUAACAUGGAAAUGAGCAGUAAACUUGCACUAUAUUCCAGUAUAGUGCUGGAAAUAGCUAAGGCGAGCCUGGGGGGGCAUGGAGAGGGGUGCACUAGGUAGAGGAAUUACUAAAAAUAUGGUGUCCUGCCUUGUGCAAGCAGAAGAACACCUGCUAACACAAAGCCACCACUGGAUACAACUCUUUGCGUAUGUCUGUGUUUUAUAUGUCUUCACAUAAGGGCCAGCGCAAAACGUUUUGCUGCUUGAGGCAAAAAGCAAGAUACUGCCCUGCCCCCACCUCACUCAUUCCAUGUACUGAAGUUUACUUGACUUCAGCACUGGCAAUGGGAUAGCAUCCUCCUUUGCACCUGAGGGCAGCAGGCUCUGAUUCUCCAACAGAGGGGAAUUGCCAAGAGUGAUGCCAGUGCUACCCGCAGUAUCUGCCACCUGAGGCAAUUGCCUCACUCUGCUUAAGGAUGGGACUGGUCAUGCUGUUGGCUAUUUCUCUUAAUUUCACCAGGAGCAAAUAAGGCCAUAACUAAUCUCUAGUCCUUUAUUUUGUUUCUCCCUGAAAGCAUAGUGGGAAAGGAAGUGGAUAGAUGCCGUUUUGGAGUUAAUGAGAGAAAGGCAUGUAAUAAAUAAGCACUUUGUAGAAACACAUCUGUAUCCAUUUAUAUUAAAAAUAGAUUUGCAAAUUACAGAACCCUGCCAAUUAUUUUGCAAGAGAAAAGGUUGCUGUGUAGGGUUUCCCAUUCUGUCAAAUGGAGUGGAGGAAAAGUCUGUGCCACUAGUUCCAUGGAACUACUUUAUAUACCAUAAGUGUGCUUGAGUAAAACAUGCAUAACCAUGGUUCUAGAUGGGCACAUCACCAGAGCUUGUUGGUUGUUGCUUAAGAUUUGGCUGAAGUGGGAAUUUAAAAUUUCCUCAAUCUGUUUAUUGCCAAAACAUCUUGGUCUGUUUCCAGAAUCUGGCUGCUUUUCCUGUGUCAUGCUGGCAAAAAUUUGCUUAGGCUUUUCAUCUUAGUUUUUGUCUUUCUGCAUUCCAGUACGUUCAAAACCAAAUGUAUCACUUUAAAAAAAUGUUGUAGCACCAUGAAAGAAACUAGUUUGAUUGAUGUUGGAUUGCCACUAUUGUUUUUACAGCACUAGCAAAGUAUACGAUACUUUAUACAACCUAAGAAGAUUGAUAAUAAGGUCCCACCUCAGAAAUUAGUUACAUGGAUUGGAUUGGAUGCAUUGGAUACAUAUCUACUACCUACAGCAUAAAGGACCAAUCCCUUUCCAUAUGUGACUGUUUCUGCGUUGAGGUUAUGGUCCACAGCUGAACUGUGUUAUUUGCCAGACAGUAGUCUGGGGUUUGUUGGACCAGGUGCAGUGAAACCGUGGGCAGCGUGGCCAAGGCAUGGUGAAGUUGCAAUGAACACAGUACAGCAAUUUUUGGGGUUAAACAGGCCACAACUUUAUUGAUUACAGAUGCCAACGGGUUUUGGCACCCAGGCAUUGGGUAUGUAUCCUGUAUCAACUAACCUCCCUGCUGGUUGAUAAUUUGGUAGGGUUAACCCUGGUUAAAGAUCAUCCUAAGGUAUCCAUCAAAUUGGGAUGACCCCUCCAAGAUUACCAUUUAGGGAGGGCUACGGCAUAUCAGCCCCCUCCCCCCCCAAUCUGGGCAUCCGGACAGAAGCACCUCAUCCUGAAGAUUUGAAGGAGCCUUAAAGGAUAGCCCUGUAUAGAUGCUGUAGUGAGUUUUCUGGUUGUGUUUAUGGCAUGUUCAGAUUAAAAUGACCUUGGGGUUCAUUUCAGGAAACGCAUUCCAGCUACAACAUGGGUUUCCCCACCAAUCCUUUUCUGUUUUACAUGAACAACAUCGUAACAUGCUGAUUUUUUUCUAGUGGGUGAAUAGGACUUAAAAAGAAGGGACGUGCUACGUUCCAUUUCCCAAUUUAAGCUAAAUUUUAAAAAUAAUUUUUAAAAUAUCUGUUUAUUUAUAUGGGCAUAAAUUGACUUUGUAAACAUGGAAACAUUAACAGAGUGAGUUUUAAUGGUCACAAAAAUCAUUAGCACUUUCAUAGGACAAUGAAAACACAUCUGAUUUUAAAAUCCCUCAAGAAAAAAAAUUAAUUCAAAAGACAACCAUAAUAAAAGGCUGCAGCACUGGGAUACAUUAGCAAACUAUGAAAGCAGCUAGUGAUGUUUAUUAUUGUUAUUGUUAUUUAUUUAAUUUCUAUACCGCCCUAUACCCGAAGGUCUCAGGGCGGUUCACAUAAAAUAUAAAAUACAUAAAAUCAAAACAAAGCCAGCAACCCCAAAAGAGCCAGCAUUUUUAAACAGGGUCUAGGACGUAGAUCAAGUCAGGCAAAUGCCUGGUUGAAAAGGAACAUUUUUGCCUGGUGCCUAAAGGUGUAUAAUGAAGGCCAGACAAACUUCCCUGGGGAGAGUAUUCCACAGAUGGGAAGCCACUGCAGAGAAGGCCCGUUCUUGUGUUUUAUUUUAUAUCCCAUCUCAGAGCCUUUUAAAAUAAGUGAGUCAGUAUAGUGUAGUGGUUAGAGUAACAGACUAGGACCUGAGAGACCAAUAAACAUCUUAAAAUGUUCCAAAAACAUGCCCUGUCUCAAGUUUAGGAUGAUUUCCCCUUCCCUUCUCACAUUUUGCAGAGUGGAAUGCUUUUAUGGGGCUUCAGGGCCAGGGGGGAUGUGGAAUUUUUUCACUUCAAGGUAACUCAUCUUAAGAUAAAGGGAUGCAGGUGGCACUGUGGUCUAAACCACUAAGUGUCUUGGGCUUGCUGAUCAGAAGGUUGGCAGUUAGAAUCCGUGCGAUGGAGUGACCUCCCGUUGCUCUGUUCCAGCUUCUGCCCACCUAGCAGUUUGAAAGCAUACCAGUGCAAGCAGAUAAAUACGUACUGCUGCGAUGGUAAACAGUGUUUCCAUGUGCUCUGACACUUGUCAUGGUCCUCCAUGCCUCAGUAGUGAUUUAUUCAUGCUGGCCACAUGACCUGGAAAGCUGUCUGUGGACAAACACUGGUUUUCUCGGCCUGAAACGUGAGAUGCGUGCCGCAACCCCAUAGUCACCUUUGACUGGACUUAACCAUUCAGGGGUCCUUUACAUUUACCAUUAGAAAUCACCUAGAGUUGCAUUUUUACAGCUAACUGGCCUUUGCUUUUCUUGAGAUUUUGAAGGGAGGGAGUUCCACAAAUGUUGAUUUAUUCAUUUUGCAAAACCUUUGUACCACUAAACAUCAAAAUACCCAAGCUGGGGGUGGAGGAUAAAAACAAUGCAACCCCUUCAGGAUUCAGCAGAGCAGGAAGACCUAUAGAAAAAGACCUUCUCCAUAGUGAGACCUUGAAAUCUGGAAUGAUCUCCCUAGAAGUACAUUUAUUCACCCUCAUUAUUGGUCUUCAUAUGUCAACUGAAGACAUUUUUAUUUAUCCAGACUUCUACAGUUUUAUAAUGAGGGAUUUACUAGCAGCAGUAUGUGAAUCAGUGCUUUUUUAAAUUAGUUAAUAUAUCGUUUCACUGUUGUUGUCUUUUACCGUGCUUAUAUAUAUAUAUAUAUAUUGCUCUGAGAUCCUUUGAAGGAUGAGUGAUUUCUAAAUAUAAUAAAUAAAUAAUACAAACAAUAGAAAAGCCAUAAAAGCACAACAAAACAGAUUUCAGACAUAGUCAAAAUGCUGGUUGUGGACAAAUUAACAACAGUGCUAAGCUAGAGAAGCCCGAGUGAAGGAGAAGGUUUUCAGCAGUAGCCAAAAGUCUGCAAUAUUUCAAAAGGAUUCAAAACAAAAAAACAAAGGAAAACCCAAUGCUGUAAUUUUAUUGUCACUGAAGGGAAGCAAUUGCACCUGAACUUUCCCUUAUCUAUUUCCGGAGACUAGCUAUGUUAGUCUCUUGCAGCAAAAUGAACUAAACAUCCUGAGUUGCUAACCAGUUUUUAUCAUGGCAUGAGCUUUUGGGGAUUAAUGUAUCUAAGGUGGUCUUAAAUACUAAGCAGUUUGGACCAAGAUGACAAUGGGCAACUUGAAUUAACUCUCUAGUGUUGCAUUCAGAUUGUCUGCUAAUUUGUGGUAGUACCGGUAAUUCCUUUUGGGAUGCCUCAGGUAACCAGCUCAUCACAGUAUUACUUUGAUUCUCAAAUCAUUUUCAUUUGCAAAUCUAGAAACAGGAAAGUAUGAUAAAACUUGUCUAGGUGUAUCGGCAACCACUCUUUGCUGCAAAGUAAAAGAAAAGCUGGUCAGAUUUGUGAGUGCCUUUAAAGGGUAAAAUGGGAGGCAAAACAUUGGCAGACGAGCAGCCAGCACCAGGAGACACUGAACAUCUAAAAGCAAUGAGACUAACCAUCUGUUUUCUGGCACGGCUCCUUUGCCUUUAGUAACUGCAUAAGAUUUGAGACACAAUAAAGAGCUCAAAAUUAUGUUUGUUGCCGCUUCUUCUAACUUGCCACCCUGUUGUUCAGUUCAGUCACCUACCGUGACAGCAUACUCCUGUACGUGUCUAUUGGGAAGUAAAUCCACUGGGCUCAAUGGCACUUGCUGCCACGUACGUGGGUAGUAGAGGAUUGCAGCCUUGGAGAAUGACCAGGUUAAAAAACAAUUAAUGGCACAGUCAGACUAGAGGAUGGUCUUUUUCUCUGUGCUAACUCUUGUAGAUUCUUAGACUGUGGGGGAAGAUAUAUUUAUAAAACAGUACAAACAUAGCUGGCAUAGAAAGACAACUUGAAUGUAAUGCCAACAUUUUUUGCUAUGAAUUGCCGAUUGUCUAAGGGGCUAUAUGAUACAUUCCAAUUAGAAUAUUUGAAUUGAAAACAUGAUGUGGUUUGUGUGCCUCUUGCCAGCUCACAAGCAUUCUGUUAUUUAAAUUUGAUCCACAAAGAUGAACCUUCAACUAAAAAGCAUCAGCAAGGAGAAAAAUAAUGGGAGAGGAUUAGAUUUCUUUAUGGCAUUUUACAAAAAUGAUCUGUGUAUGUCUCAAAUGCAAUAAAAUAAGCAGUGUCUCUGACCGUAACUCCUUACUUUGAUUGCAUUAGAACCUCUUUAAACAGGUAUUUUUUUUAAAUUUUUGUGUAUGUGAUUGUAUGAUAUUAUUUAAAAGGCUGUACAGCAUUCAAGUGUCAGCAUCUAUAUAAUUAUUUUUUCCUUUGACAGUCCAGUAUAUCAGAGCUAUUGUGGGUGCAUGCAACCAUUUUUCUCUAAAAUGUAAAUAAAAGGGUUAUAGCUACAAAUCAUGCUCAAGAUUUAUUUCAGUGUUCCUACCACAUGAAUUCUCUUAAUAAGGCACAUUUUGUGACCUUAGUCUUCAGAACUGCUGGCUGCAAAUGUGCGAAUCUUAAUCAUGUAGUGGUUUUGGGAAAGUUAUUUUUUCUUCUUUGGAGCUUCCUGUCUCUGGGCAUAUGAGAGUGGUAAACAAAUAUUGCGCCAAAUGUUGAGCCACUGCCCUAAUUCUAAUAACAAUAAAUCUCCUUGUUUUUGGUUGUGCUGAGCGGUGCUUGCACAUUUUGUUUUCACUGAGGCUUCUGAGGAUGAGUCGGUGCACUAUCUUGCAGCUGUUUUUGUAUUUUACGUUAUCACAGAAGCGUAGCUCAGCUUAGCAGGCUCUGUUUAUGGCAGCCCAGCUUACCUCACUGACUCAGUAGCUGACAUAUUCAGCUUGAGCGAUGCUGGCUGCCAGCUCCUUUUGAUUUGAGUUUUGAUCCACAUUUUGGUGAGGUCAUCUUUUAGCACCAAUCUGCCUGGGGAAAACAAAUGCUGACCUGCAGUUAAAAAUAGGGCCAUUAUGAUUUUUUAAAAGGAAGAAUUAGUAUUUUGAUAGGGUAGGAUAACAUGCAACCUUUUAGUUCAGCAUCUUGUACUUCUUUGCGAAGACUUGGGUUCAUUUGUGAUCAGUUGAACAGUUUUUUGUUUUAAGGAAGAGAAGGAGAACCAUGUAAUUCAGCAACAGCAACUAUCUGCUGAUGAAGUACUUUAAAAAAAAUAUAUCUCAAGGUAUCAUUAACAUUUUGCUCAUUUUAAGGAAAAUAAAAUUGUGUUUGAGAAUGUUAUGUUCAAGCAGGAGAAUUAUUUCAGACUUGUAAUGUGAAACAAAGCUAUAUUUUUCUUUGGGUUUUUAUGUAUUGUCUUCAUCGUUUGCUCCGUGACUAUGAAACCCAUAGUGAUAAGUGCCUCCAACCUUGUUGUGUGACAGCGUUUGAGAGCCAGUCUCAGCAGCUGGCCAUGGAAUCCACAGUCAGAGCAGGCCACAAGAUUCCAAAGGUUCAGAGGCAGAAAGGGCCUGCAACACACACAUUUAGGUUUGUACAAUUAAAGGAGAUUUAUCACCAUCAGUGGCAAACUUUGGGGUCUCAAAUUUCAGCAGGGUGCAGUGCCAAAAUUCAGCACCCCCAGCCUCUCACACUCCAUUCUAAAUAAUUGUGCCCCCCAGGCUCUGUGCCCAGUGGGCCAAACCAGUCACAUUCUCCUAAAUCCUCCUCUCUUACCAUCACCCUAGCACAACAGAUCCACUUUUAAAAAAUGGACCUUUUGCAGUUAAAAAAGAUACAUCUUCUCAGAGUAUCUUCUUCUUCAUAGAUGCUUCAAAACAAAGAAAACGGGUAUUCAAAGUUCACUUUCUGGAGAAUAUAUUUCGAAUGAAAACUAUUCACUGUCUAGCUAGUUCUCGUCUGAAAGGAUAAACACAGUAUAAAUGGCUGGAGACUUGAAGAUCACUUUAAGUUCUGGAGGAGCGAACAGGCCUCUUGAUGCAAAAUCCAGGGUUUGGCUGGAAAUAAGGAAGUUAAACUGGUACUAGCACUCUCUGCAUGGAAAUAGUAACUCCUCUGUAAGUUAAUCUUUCCAUCUUCUUGUCAGACAUUAAUAUCAUGCAAAUAUGUCUGAAUCAUCCUCAUGCCUUCCACCCUUCAAUAAUAUUUUCACAGUAGGCAUUGCACAGUAACAAUAAAGCUGCAUAAUCCUUUUGUAUGGCUAUUGUGCUCUUGAGGUGCAGUAGGGCACCCAACAGCAUUACAUUCCUCCUGUGCUGUAAUUAGUGUCUCCACCCAUGCUUAUAAGAAUUUUAUUAUCACUGUCUUAUAGAAGCAGCUCCACUUGUAGUCAGAGACUGCUCUGCUUCUCCAUUAAGAGCUGGUUUUAUUUAAAAGCAUCAACUAAUCCUUAAAAGCAUGAGGCUUUUAGCCAAAGACGCUAUUCCUAAAAUAAUUGUUUUAUAUGGGAUGUUGUUUAUUAAAGUUGGCAGUCUUCCCUCCCCCCUUCUGGUUUUGACCAUCCUUCUUAACCCUCUCUCAUAUUUGCCAUACACAUGCCUUUGCACAGCACACAGGGGUCUCUGCAGGUGAAAGGUCCAUUUAUUUAUUUAUUUAUUUACUUACUUACUUACAUUUAUGCCUUUCAUCAACCCUAGAUAUCUAAAGUUAGGUAAAAGUAGCCUUAUAUCUUAGCAUGUUUAGUAUUGCAUUGUAAGCAGUGGUGCCAUCUACGAGAGUGACAGUUAAUGCUUCAAUGCAGCCUGUAUGAAUUCCACCUCUCCACCAUGAUUCUGGACUACAGACCUUGGUCAUAUUAAUUGUGGAUGUACAAGAGAACAAGCAGAAGCUCUUAAAAAAAAACCCCACAGCUACACUGAGCUUCCUUUAAUGUAAGCAAAGCUGAGAAGACAUUCAAUGAUGGAAGGCUUCUUUUCCUCUAAGGGCCAGAGUUAGGAAGGAAUGGAGACAUGCUCAUAAUAUUCUUCUCUGUGGAAAGCAGAAAUCCUGCAAAGAAAAGAGGGCUGCAGUUUAUCAUGAUGUGGAAAAUCAUGAUGUGGAAAACCCCACAUAGUCCUUUCAGUUGCAACCAAGAAGCAGAGUCUCACUUGCACUGCGCUUCCUGACGCGUUUCUAGCAUGCAAAUCUAGGAAGACUCACCAUCCUACUUUGCAGGACCUGUCCUACUCUUGAAAGCAGGAGUUGAGAUUGCCCUAGGUUUUGGCCUGAAGUUUCAGGCUUUUAGGGCCUCCAGGGGAAUAAGUACAUUUCCAUGUUGGGUGAGAGUAUCAAGUAGAUCAGCUUCCCCUUGCCACUGCCCUGCCCCUGUUUGACUUUUGCUCUGCUCAGCCACCCCUUUUCCAUAAAGCUCCAUCAGGAGGUACCCAAGCACAGUCAAGAUCUUCCUGAGCCAGUUUCCGGCUUCUGUUCCCCUUCCUACAACAUCACUCACCUAAACACCUGUUCCACCAGGUCCCCUGCUCUGCCAGGCACUACUCUAGUUCCCAGACUUUGCCCCCCUGUAUUUUCAGGAUCUGAGUCUCUGGGGAUGAGUGGCAUUCACAAUAAUUGUGAGGAAGUAUGGUCAGGUGAAUAAGACUUCAGUAAAAGAAUGGGAAGGUGUUGAUCUUGAAGGUCGCUUUAAAUUUACAGUGCACACAGAUCUUACAUCUUCUGUUGUACCAAGCUGUGUUUUUACUGUGCUACCUAUUUAUUUUUUAUCCAUGAAUAGCAUGAAAUAAAGAACUACAUAUAUGUUGACACAACAGUAUUUUAAAAGUUCAUGACUUACCAAGUUCCUUAAAUGAUCAGGGAAGCUUCCCUAUAGAAGUUGCUGCUGCCUACAUUCUGUGAAUGACUGGCAAGAGAGAGAGAGAGAGAGAGAAAGCAGCUUUAGGGUCUUUUGGAGCAGUGAUCAAGGAGGAUAGUAUCACCCAUCUGGUAUGGUGAUUCUGAGAAGUGAAACAACCCUGGUACAGAAACGAAACUGUACCCGAAACACACACUAAUGAGAAAGUAACCAGAUGAAAAAUCUGUGUUUUUUUAAAUUUAAAACAUGCACUUUAAUCAUCAAAAAGUCAUAUCCUGGGUCUAUAGACUGAGUGCACAUUCCACACUGGUCACAGAAUAACUGCAAAGCAGACAAAACUGUCAUCAAUUUUUAGCAUAGAUAAUUGCAUACUUCCUCAGAUUAUUACCUAACAAUGAUUUAAAUAGGUCACACUAAAUGAGGUAAGGGCUAUUGUGAUAACCACAAUAUGAAAGAAACACGCAAACUCUUUAAUAUUGUAGAUAUGAUAGAUUUGCGUGGACAGGCGGAGUCCCCAGAUCCCAAGCGGUCCCCCCCGUCAUGUGGAAUAACGACUCAAGACAACGUGCUAUGGGAUUAAAUUGGCCACAACUUUAUUAAAUUUCAAAUGUGGGUAGACCUUGGCUCAGGCAUUGGGCGUUCUCCCUCCCCAGUCCCCAGCCAGGGACCUAGGGAGCUUCAGGGUUAUCCAGUGUGUGUGGGGGGGAUGGGCCGGCUCUGGAGAACAUAUGUUCAAGCAGAGAUAGCCGCCCCCGUUACGCCGCCGCCGCAGGGGAGAGCAAUGACAACCUUUUGGCAUAUGGUCAAAGCCUCCCUUCAGAAACCCCUUUAACGGGGAACCCUGGUAUCGCUGCCGCAAAGAGGAAGAUGGACUAAAGGAUUCCGCCCAAGGCCUGAUCCCGCCAAAGUUGUGACGUUUUGCUACGGGAAAGGCGAAACCUGCCAAUGCAGGGGAAUUCCUUUCCGGCCCUUUAACAGAGACCUUAACGUAGCAGCGCCCGCAUACCUGUGAAGAUAAGUUAACCUGCAAAACCUAUGAAGAAAAGUUAACCUGCAAAAGAAGACAUUAACUGAGGGUGGGUAGGGUGGGAGAAGCUCUGGAGCCAAGUGAGGAUUCCCAGGGAAGAUCCUCCCUCUGUUGUGUGGGCAGGUAAUCCCUCCCCUACCUGGCCUGGUCUCCUUGGUAACGCUUCCCCCAGGUGGGAUUGGACAACUGACUGAGGUAGGCGGAGACCUCCAGGUAUCCCACCUGAGGGAAGGCAAAGCCAAGCCUAUGCUGAUGGGUCCGCUCCAGAUCUAGGGCUGCGCGCGUCCACGCAAAGGGCGCCCCCCGUUUUAAGCGGGGAGCGGUCAUUUCAGGCACAUGGAAGGGUUUUCAUGUUUCCAACAAAAUUACACACAUAAGCAAGAAUUAGUCUUGCCAUUUCUUCUUCCAAUUUUUUUAAAAAAACAUUCAAAAUUAAAUUUGGGGAACUAUUUUGUAGUGAUACUCUAAUUAUUUCAACUAUGUAGAGCAAAGGUGGAGAACCUGUGGCCCUCCAUAUGUUGCUGGACUACAACUCCCAUCAUUCCUGGCCGUUGGCCAAGUUGGCUAGGGCUUGAUGGGAGUUAGAGCCAGGGAACACUUGAAGGGUCAUAGGUUUCCCAUCUCUAGUCUAGACAUUUCAUUCUUGAAGCAACAGUCUACCUAAAUUAUCCAGUCUUGCUUUUUUAAAAAAAAUCAUUUUCCAAUACAGAGGAUUAAUAUAGAUAAGACAGAUGUCUUAAGGAGCUAUAAAACUGAGCAUGCAAAACAGAGGAAUUACACAAUCAGCAAAGACUUUUACUUCAUAGCUGGAGAACUGGUGGGUGUAUGGCUAGAGAAAUGUGGAAGUACAGACUGCAAAUAUGUAAUGCUGCAGGGAACAAAAAGUACAUGGAAGGAUGGGAGCCUGCAGCAAAGUUGCAGACUAACUAAUGAUGAUUGCAGAGACUGAGUCAGAUGAGGCACAGAUCAUUCAUAAUUUUACCAGACAAUGGAGCCUUCAUAAAGGCCUGACAAAAGAGGGCAAGGGUUUGGCCCUGUGUGCAUUAAGGCAGAGUGUUUUGGUGUCGGUAAAAACCAGCAACGUACUAUUUGAACACUGGAUUCAAAGUUUGAAAAGUGUAUCUAAAGACUUGUAUUGCAAAGGGGUCGGAGAAAACGAGGAUAACGAAUAUGAAGGGAAGUGGAUUGCCUGUUUUUCUUCUCCCUCUCCCUGCUGGUCUAUAAAUUCUGCAACCUUGUGGGUGUUCCUCUCUACAGUUUACCAAAGGAUGGAAUGUUAUAUUGUAGUACACUUCCCCAUUCUUUUUCCAAGUAGCUGUUCUUUCAUAUCAUUAAUAAGUUGGCAGUCACAGUGAAGGCUGAAACACCAAGUUAAAGGAAUUUUCUCUCUCUCCUGAUCUGCUUCCAGAUAUCUCUUAUCUUUCCUUAAUGUAAUGGGGAAAACUUGGGCCAGAAUGAGAUAUUACCGAGGAUACUCAAAACACCAACCCCGAUUAUCUUCCUCCUCUCUCUUGUUCCUGGCUGGCAACAUCUGUUAAUACAAAAGCAUGGUGUGACAUCAUCACCAUAAACUGAGUUUCCUUCUGCCCACCAGCACAAACCAGUGAAACGGAGGCAGGGAGCAGAAGCCCCUACUCCAUUUCAUUCAUUAUACUUAGCAUCAGAGAAGAGAGUGGAGGAAGGAGAUGCAAAGUUGCUGCUUGCUCAUUACAUAAAGAGAGAAAAUGCAUUUCCCCCACCCCCCAAAAAAAAAGACCACAGAGGACACAGGUUUGCAUAAAAUUUGUAUGCACUUUAUUUUUAUCUUUAUCUAUGAAUAUUGAAAUAAUUACUAGGCGACCUCUGUGUCUGCUUAGCCUGCUGUCCUGUUGAUGAGCAGUUAUUGCUCCCUUCUAAUGGUUCUUUAAUCAAUGGCACAAUCACUGGUAUUUUUAUUCUCCCAGGUAUUUGGGGUCCUGGUUCAUCUUGUGGUUGAAUGAAGCGUCUAGUGUUUUUGGUAUAGUGAGUUUUUGCCUGAUGUAGUGGCUGGCAUACUGGACUAGGACCUGGGUCCAGGGAGGUCAGGGUACCAUUCCCCACUCAGCUGUGGCGAGUUCACUGGACCAGCCACAGCUUCUCCGUGUAGCCUGCUUUGCAGGGCUGUUGUGAGGAUAACACGGGGAGGUGGAAAACAAUGUACACCCCUUUUAGCUCAUGGGAGAAAAGGUAGAAUAUAAAUGGAAGAAUAAAUAAUUUUUAAUGCAUUGCUUCCAAAAUUGAUUAUUUUUUUAAUGUAUCAUUCUUCUUUUUGCUUUAUUGCAAUUAGUUGCUUUGAGACUUUUGUGGGACUCAACACACAUCUAAGUAAAUAAAUUUAAAAACAAAACAAAAAUAUUUGGAUGGGAUUCCUUCCAACUCUAUAAUUGCAUGAUUCUAUGUUUUUAUGUAGCUCAAGGAUUUGUCCCACCUGCAUUCCAGAUUGCCAGUGCUCAGAAUGCAAAUUUCAGGAAGAGGGUGAAUGGAUUAGUCUCUGUUCAGUGGGGUAACCAAGGGAGUUUGCAAAGAGUCAUUCCUCCUUGCUCCAGAAAUUAACCUGGAGGCCCGGAGGUCUGCACUCAUCUCAGACUCAGGUUAAACUGAGUAAGUAAUGGCAACAUCCAGUGAAUAAGUCAAGGAGACACAUUCCAGCAUGAUUCCACAUUGCAGAUGAAACAGGUUCCAGCACAGGGAGUUUACAUACUCAAACUGCCACCAACAAUGUCAUGAUUAGGUUGCAUCAUAGUCUAGACACAGGACAGUGUGGGCUAGCAUCUGAUGUGGUCAAGUGAGAGAAUGUCUUUCCUGCACCAGCUGGAGAUGAUGUUGCAACAUUUAAAUUGGUAGACGUGUAACAGUGGCAAUGUGCAUUGCUAGAAGCAGGGAAGAUUCCUGAGUGAUCAUUAAAACAUACAACUGAUUUCUACCUGCAUGCUUACUUGGGGAUAAGCUACUGUACAUUGAAUGGUGGCACUUCCUUCUGAGUAAACAUCCAUGGAUUAGGACUGCUGCACAUUCCUUAAAUGUGGAUUAGUGAAAUUAAUAAACAUUUGACAAAUAAUACCAUCAUGCAGCAUAUCUGAAUUUCAGGAAAUCUGUGGCAUGUCUGGGGUUUUUUUUUAAUAGGCAGUGUAUGUGGUAGAUCAGAAUCCUCCAUCCUUAAAUUCACAAUAGGAGGAAAGCUUUGAUUGGUGCCAUUGGGAGAUUUUAAAAAUUGCAGCCACAGACAGGCAAUUCUGAUCACAACUGUAAUGGGUGCAGAAAGUUAAAGCUGCUUCCUUGAUUUAAAAAUCAAGCAUAUCAGGACAAACAUCACAUAUAAUCUGGCUCUCAGAAGGGGAACAGACAUCUGGCUACAUUUUGUAACAGAAAUGUUGCAAAUGCCUCACUCCAGGAAGCUAUUCUGAUUGUUUACAUUAAUGUUCAUUCACUUCACAGCUCUGUGUGAGGUCUAAUGCUCCCCUGUCCCUUUUCUGUUUCGCACAGUAUUUUGUGCAAGGGUGCCAGUUUGGCAUAAUCUCUAUUUUAAAGCACUCAAUUCCUGGGAACUGUAGUUGGUUAAGAGGGUGCUUGGAACUGCAGCUCCGUGAGGGUAAAGUAUAUGUCACAGAAUUUUUCAGGGGAAUCCAUGUAGUUAAAUGUAUGAUGUGUGGGCAGCUGAAGAAACCUUGUUGAGAAAAUGGCUAAGCCUGCUACCAAAGCACACGCGCACACAUGUCCGCACGUGCAUGCGCGCGCGCACACACACACACUCUAUCUAUCUAUCUAUCUAUCUAGCAUUUGUAUACCACUUAUAUGUUUUGGUAAUAAGCAGUCUAUAAAUAUAUGAAAUAAAUGUACACACUGUAAUUCACAGGUGGGUAGCCUGUUGGCCCAGAGGCCACCCUCGGCCUCCCCUGAUGCCUCCUGAAGCUGCUUCACUCUUCCAGCCCCUCAAACUUCCUUCCAUUCUGUUUGUUCCUUCCAUAUUUCUCAUGGCUUUUAAAAGUGUUCACUUCCCCACUCCCGGAACAGGUGGCAUUUUAUUUAAUUAAAUUUUUUUAAAAUAAAUAAAUAAAUAAAUAAAUAAAUAAAUGUAAAUACCCCACUUCUAUGAUUUGAGGAAAAUAACUCUCCCUCCCUUCACAAGGUGUUCAAUAACAAAUUGGUAGGCUCCUGCUCCAAUAAAUUACUUUCACUUGCUUACUUUCAGUAGGUAUUCUGGUUAGAGAGAGAGAGAGAGAGAGAGAGAGAGAGAGAUCUCAUCAAGCCGUAUGGGGUUGCUAGAUGCACGAGACCUCCAUAGGGACUGGGAGUUCUAACCUGAGGUAGCCAUGUUGAAGACCGAAGCGGGAUGGUCUUUAUCCAGAAUUAGUUAAUCCAGAAUAUUUCAGCUAUUGCUGGCAUGUGCCCCCUUGACAAAUUUGACCUGAGGGAAUGCAGACCUCAUCAGCCCCGCCCCACCCCCAGCUGCAAUUUGCCACAGUGAAUUGUUUUUCAUAAGCACAAAGGUGACUACUACUUGCUACCAUUUGUAAAAGGGAAAUGACAUUGCAGACUUAUGUCGCAUUAUUGCCACAAGGAGAAAUGAGCUAAAUCUCAUAAAGCACUUUUGUUCACAGUGCAGUGUGCACUUAUCAUUUUGAUGGAAAUUCUGGGUAUGCUGCUGUAGCCUGGGUUGUGGCCUUUGGCUUUACAAAUGUUACAUAAAUGGUAACUUAUGCAGUGAGACAAUGAGAAUAGACCUGCCAGACUUGCCAGGUACAGGAUUAAAUAUACUAACAUAGAACCUUAUUCAGUUUGCCCCAGGCAUCAAGCCAAAGGAAGUUUUUAGUAAAUUGGUCUUAAAUUAGGUCUUUAUCUCUUAAAAAUCGAAAUGAACAAAGAGCAAACUAUUCCCACUAUUUCAACAGCAGUGGAGAUACUUUCCUUCCCUCACCACCCCAUUCCUCAACUGAUGGAGCAGAGGUUGAUCUUAGAUACUUUCCAGCCUUCCACUGACUCCAGAGACUCCCAUCUGAAUUUUAGGCUUGAAGGAGUUAUUACUACUGCUACUUCUGCUUCAUAGGGUAAAGGUAAAGGGUAAAGGGGCCCCUGACCAUUAGGUCCAGUCGUGGCCGACUCUGGGGUUGCGGCGCUCAUCUCGCUUUAUUGUCCAAGGGAGCUGGUGGUCAUGUGGCCAGCAUGACUAAGCCACUUCUGGCGGCUUGCACUUUGACGUGCUUUUGAACUGCUAGGUUGGCAGGAGCAGGGACCGAGCAACGGGAGCUUCGGGGAUUUGAACCGCCGACCUUCUGAUCGGCAAGUCCUAGGCUCUGUGGUUUAACCCACAGCGCCACCCACGUCCUGCUUCAUAGGGUAGAGCCAUUGAAAUGAUUGAGACUUGAGUUAGGCAUGACAGACCUCCAUUGAGUUCAACUCUUCACAUGACUAUAUCUGGAUUCAGUGCAUACUGUGCUAGGACUCCACUCAAACGCAAUGUGUGAAUAGCUGUCAUCAAAUCUACACACCAGCUAACAAUGUGGUAGUAUAUAAGCAGUGAAUUAAAAAAGUCCAUCAAAUAGAAUUAUCAGUAAGCAACAAGUGACACAUAUAGGUGUGUGCCUUUGUGGUCUUGUGGUUUAUUUAGUUUGUGGUUAAAAGGUAGUCUUCUGUAAACAUGAAAUCGGGUCUUCCUUGGUUUGCUCUGCCAUAUUGUAACCACAAAUCGUAACCACAGAUCACUUUUCUGUGGAUGGAAUCCCACUGCUGUCCUGGUUGUCAUGGAAGAGCUUUUGAUCCCGCAGCACCCAAAAUCCUAGAAAAUUGUCUGCAUGGAACAGGGUGGAAGAGAGUGUGGGGAAGUGCAAGCUGGCAAACAUUACCUCCCCUGCUUUCUUCUUAAUGGAGGUAUUUGCUGGAUCAAAAGGCCUUCUUACCAUAAGCACAAGGGCAACGAUUGGAUUCCACCCUGUAUUAUUUUAAAUGAAACUUUCUAUCUAGUUUUUUUUUAAUGGAACAUUUUCUUUCAACAUUGCAAAUUCAUAGGAAACUGACUUUCUGGAGUAAACCACAAAAAAGCACAAAACAGAUUUGGUGUAAGAAACUGAGGCAUCUGCUGUCCGAUAGCAUUUUAUUUUAUUUUUGAACUUGCUGAAACUUUUUAAUGAAAUGCAUUAUUUACUGUAUUUUAUUUAUUUAUUUUUAACAAAUCAAUCGGUCCUACCUCCACCUGCUGAUCUGAAUGUUCUUUCCAGCUUUCGUGUCAGUUAAGUUAAAUAGAAUAUGUUCACUGAUACAUCAAAUAGUUUUCAAUGUUUUUAUAGCUCAAGGGUGACUAAUAUGAAUCAGGUGUAAAAGUAAAUGUCCUUUUCUGUUUCAGGGAAGAGCUUCACAUUGACCAUCACAGUCUUCACAAAUCCUCCACAAGUAGCUACGUACCACAGAGCCAUCAAGAUCACAGUGGAUGGGCCUCGAGAACCAAGAAGUAAGUAUUCAGAUAACAUGAAGUCCUAACCUAAAGACACAGAAAUAGAAUGAACACGCACACCAUUCUAUUUAAUAAACUUUGAAUCUAAUCUUACAAUUAAAUUUACUCAGGCUGUAAUCCUGUGUACCUGGGUGGGGGCCUUGGGCCAACGGCAGUCCUUCAAGCCCGAGCUCCUCUCCCCAGGCCAUUCACUGGCCUUGCUUCACUGGCUUUCACUGGCCUUGCUUCACACUCCCCUUGAGUGUUUCUGCCUGGCUAGAAUGUGCCUUCCAACACUGAAAAUGCCUUUUGUUUCCUGGAGGUGCAGCCAACUGUACAAAAGCAAAAUUUUCAUUUGUUGCCCGGCCCACUUUUGCCUCUGGCCCUGUCUUCCCUCCCUGGCAUGUGACCUCCAGAAGAUUCCCCAAAGGAAAUGUGCCCCUCAGGCUGGAAAAAGUUCCCUGCCCCUGCUAGAUGCAGUUCUUUGGGAGAUGGAACUCAAUGGGGUCUUAUUUCCAAGUGAACAUGUGUAAAAACUGUACUGUUCAAUCUGACUGGCUGCAUUUUAGAUCUCUAGCUAUAUGGUUUGGGGAAAUCAGUUAGCUAGGAAGUUACACUGUUUUAAACCAGACUUGCACUGCGGGGGAGGGGGGCUCCCCUAGGGAUCUGUUUUGCACGGCUAUUGAUUUGGAAAGAGACAGUUGAAAUGCCUUUUUGAAGAGAAUGAACAGGGAUAGUAGAUGUAGAAAUUGACAAAGGAUGUGGGAUUUCAAACACACCAUGCAUAUUCUUCAGCAUUUCUUGCUCACUUUGGAAUUUAGGAAUUUUAAUUUUAGAAACAAAAUAGCCCUGUUCAGACUCCCCCCCCCCCCCCGUUUCCCCUCAAAGCUAGCAGAUGGAACAGAGGUGAAAGGGGUGGGGGAGGCAGAAAAACGGCAACCAGUUGCUCUUGUGUGCAGCUUAUUGUAUCUCAUGCCGGUUUGCAGCUUAAGAAAACAGUAAUUCUUGAAGGCAACACUUCAAGCAGGCAGAUGGAAUUUAUUCCGCUGAGGCGCAGAUCUUCAGUCAAGUGACUGCCAUUUAUUUUUUUUCAUUUUUAACAAUUAAGAAUGAGCAAACAAUAUAUGGUAUCUCCAGGGAUAAAUUCAAAAUACUCACAUGAGCACAGUGUGUGCAGGAGGGGAAAUUCCCCACCCCAAAGCCACCUCGUUGCUGAACUAAUGCAAUAUGUUCCCUUCUCAUUGCCCAAGGCAAUAAUUAACUUUACUGUAGAAUACUCAUAUUUGUAUUGAAAUAUCCUCUUGUAUGCUGAGGUUUGUGGUUUCUUCUUAUUCCCCACCCCACCACACGCACGCAUACACAUUUGGCAGAGGCAGUGUGGCUGUAGCAGAAGUCAAAACGGGAAGAACAUAGAAACAAGCGCCCGUGGGAGGGAGAACAUUGCAAGUUAGGAUUGAGUUCCAAAUCAAUUCUGUACAUUU